CAAACAAUUUUAGUUCUGCACAAUUGUCCUGCGUAAUGACAGCGCCACUGCGCAAAAAAGUGUUCUAAAGGUCUUUUGAAAAGUGUACGCGUUCACGUUUGCAUCUCUAUGAAUGGCCAUUGAAAAGUGAAGGAUUCCAGAUCAGCGCUGUCCCUGCGUAUCCCCUAACAACCGCAAUAUUAGAAUACACAUCUUCCUCAGUUCCGCAGAUUAAGUUUCAAACAGGAUUCCCCCCCAAGCAAGAUAGUUUAGGUGCGUGGAUGACAGCGCUACGGAAGUGAGUUUAGACUAAAGAGACGGUUGCAGUGGUGACACCAGUGGUCCUGAAGACACCAACGGACAGCGUGGAAUACUCGGGAGAUAUCUGCACCGAAUUAAACCGAACAGCGAUGUCUCAUCAGACAGGUAUCCAUGCAACUGCAGACUUGAGGGAGUUCCUGAUAAACGCAAAGAGAGGAGAGGUCAGAGCCUUCAAGAUCGUCAUAAGAAGCGAGCAGUUGGUGUUGGGGGCAUACAGGCAGCUUUCUCAGAGCUGGGACCGAGACUAUGACCCCUGUGUUCUGCCUCUGCUGGACUCUUUGGAGCCCUGCUACAUCUUGUUGCGCCUGGACACACAUAACCAACAGGGCUAUGAGUGGCUCUUCAUCUCCUGGUCUCCAGAUCAGUCGCCUGUACGAAUGAAGAUGGUAUACGCUGCUACUCGUGCCACACUAAAGAAGGAGUUUGGUGCCAGUCACAUCAAAGACGAGCUAUUUGGAACCACACAGGAGGAUGUCUGUUUCCAGGGUUACCUUUGUCACCUGUCUUCAUGCUCAAGCCCCGCCCCCCUCACAGCAGCCGAGCAGGAGCUCAGUCAGAUCAAAGCUACGGAGGAAAAAGUUGUGUGGGACGAGCGGAGACAAGUGGCUGCUCCAUCUGGGAGAGGAAAGGGGAAGACAGACAUCAGAGUGGAAAGUAAGCAAGCCACUCUACAGGGAUUGGCAUUCCCAUUGCAGGAAGAAGCUAAACAAGCUUUACUGUAUUUCAAACAGAGACGCAUCAACUACAUCCAGCUAAAACUGGACACUGAGAGAGAGACGAUUGAGCUGGUGCACACCAGCCCCACAGAGACGCGAGAGCUGCCAGCAAGGGUCCCUGCUGACGCGCCCCGCUACCACUUCUUCCUCUAUAGACACUGCCAUCAGGGCCAGAGCAUGGAGGCAGUCGUGUUCAUCUACUCCAUGCCCGGCUACAGCUGUGGCGUUAAGGAGCGGAUGCUCUACUCUAGCUGCAAGAACCGACUGCUGGAAGAGGUAGAGAGAAUCUACCGCAUAGAGAUCACCAAAAAGAUGGAGAUCGACAGCGGAGAGUGCUUGACCGAGGAGCACCUAUAUGAGGAAGUGCAUCCUAAACCACAGGCUCUCAAACAGGCCUUCACUAAGCCAAAGGGACCCACCGGGAAGCGGGGAAACAAGCGUCUGAUCAGAGGAGCCGGAGAGAACGGAGAGGAAGGCUAGAAUGGGGUUGAACGUGACAGGGCAGUCCCAACUGCUUCUCCCAGGGACUGUUGUCUGACCUGCUGUACCGCUUUCAUUAUUGUCUACGUUUGUUCUAGUUUCUUCAUCUUUUUUUUUUUUUUUGGUCUGCUAAACAUCCUGACACUCAGUCUCUUACACAAGGCCACAGUGAUGUCCACCAAAACGUUAUCAUUCUUUUACCAGUAUAAUUCGAAUAAAAUGUAUUUCUGUACAUUCGCUGCGCACCCUAUCCGCGUUCCACUUUGUUCUUGUUGUUCAGAAAUAAACCUUGAACAAGUAA